UUAAUGAAGAAUGGGUGCUACGGCGGAAGAGAAGGAAUCGGAGAAACCCAAAAUGAGUCACCAUGAUCGUGAUCACGCUGCUGUGGAAGAACAAGAUACGGUCGACACUCGACAGAGUGAACAUGAUUGAUCAUCUUCCCGAGCAAAUUCUCUUCCACAUUCUCCCUUUCUCGACACCAAGUCCCUUGUCCGAACCAGCGUCCUGUGCAAAAGAUGGAAGACCUUGUGGAAAGCCACCCCUGCUCUCAAUUUCUCUUGCUGCGAUGAGCCGAGUCGCAGAGUACACGUAGAAAAGCUUCUUCUGUCUCUCAGCUCCGAUCAAAAGAAGUCUCUCAGGCUGGUCAGUUCUUAUGCCAAUCCAACGACAAGAACAGGUUCUGCAAUUGUUCCUAGUUUGAAGCGCUUGAAGCUGCUCCGUUGCAAGGCGGUGGAUCUCAUAAUAGUGUC